UGAAUUCCCCAUCUCCUAAGAAUCCAGAAGCAGGGAUGAACAUCAGUGAAAUGGUCUCCUUCUGGGGGUACCCCAGCGAGGAGUAUGAUGUGGUGACAGAAGAUGGCUACAUCCUUCAGCUGAACAGAAUUCCUCACGGGCGAGCAAAUGCCGGGUGUCAAGGUGUGAGACCCGUAGUGCUUCUGCAGCACGGUCUCCUCGCAGAAGGCAGCAGCUGGCUCACCAACUUGGCCAACAGCAGCCUGGGCUUCAUCCUCGCAGACGCUGGCUAUGAUGUUUGGAUAGGAAACAGCAGAGGGAACACCUGGUCCAGGAGACACCAGGUCCUUACUACCAACCAGGAUGAAUUCUGGGCUUUCAGCUUCGAUGAGAUGGCAAGAUACGAUCUCCCAGCCAUGAUCAGCUUUAUUGAGCAGAAAACAGGACAGAAACAGCUGUAUUAUAUUGGUCAUUCCCAAGGCACCACGAUAGGUUUUAUAGCCUUUUCCACCAUGCCUCAGCUGGCUCGGAAAAUCAAGGUGUUCUUUGCUCUUUCACCUGUGACCACAGUGAUAUAUUCUCGGAGCCCAUUUAGAAAACUCGCAUUCUUUUCUGACAGUGGGCUUAAGGAGAUGUUUGGCACCAAGGACUUCCUCCCACACACUGCCUUGGGGGAGCUGGUCCUCUCCAGGUUCUGUGUCUGCUCGAAGGUCUGCAAGCACCUCUUGGCUAUGGUUUUUGGGUUUAACUGGAAGAACACAAACAUGAGCCGAUUCGAUGUGUACAUCGGACACACCCCGGCAGGCUCCUCAGUCCAGAACAUAAUCCACUGGCUGCAGGGAGUCCAUGAUGGGGCACUGAGAGCUUUUGACGGGGGGCACAUGUACAACAGCCUUCGCUACAGACAGGCCGGGGCGCCGUUCUACAACGUGAAGGCCAUGGAGGUGCCCACGGCCAUCUGGAACGCGGGGCAGGACUGCCUGGCCGACCCCCGGGACACUGCCCUCCUCCUCCCCCAGCUCAGGAACCUGAUCUACCACAAGCUGAUUCCCCACUGGAACCACAUGGAUUUCGUGCUGGGCCUCGAUGCCACGGAGGUUUUGUACCGGGAAAUCCUUGACAUCAUGAAGAAGCAUCCCUAA